CUCUCUCUCUCUCAGUCACAGAGUUUCUGGUACAGAGGUAAGAAUUGUUUACAGCUUUAAACCAUGGCUCCAGGUUAUAGAAACUCCGGUGAAACAGCUCCUGCGGGUCAAGAUCCAAGGCCCUUAUUUUCUUCUCCUCUUCCAUCAGCUAGAGGAGAUGAUCCUUUACCAGCUAUCGAAGGCCUCCAAGUUUCAGGGGAAGCUUUUCCAGGCCAACUACUGCAUGCAUGCGGAUACUCUACUAAUGGAACCACCGUUUGUACCUUUGAGUGGAUACGUUAUUCAGAAGAUGGAUCCGCAAACUACAUAGAAGGAGCAAAGGAAUCCACCUAUUUAGUUACUGCUCAUGAUGUGGACUCAUACCUCGCAGUUGAAGUCCAACCUAAGGAUAACAGGGAUCGCAAGGGUGAAACAGUUAGGGCCUUCGCCAAUGAACAGAGGAAGAUCACUUAUGGUGAGCCAACUAAUUUGACCGAAUUAGUACAGGGCCAGGAGCUUCAAUGA